AUGAGCUCCCAAAAUCCGGAGAGUGAAGAAGCAACCGCGGCCACUGCUCCAAGUGAAGAUGGGACAGGGGGAAGACAAGAGUUGACAGGCACAAGUGAUGUCCCGGAGGAGCAGCGUCCGGAGCAGCAGUCUUUGGGAGCGUGCAUGUGCCGGGAGGCCCACUGGCGCUGCUUGAUCCUCUCUCUAUUAAUGUACACCUGCCUGGGCACAGUGGCCUGGUGUCGACUCACUACUGUCACCAAGAUCAGUUUCAAGUCUUCCUUCAGCCCUCCUCUCACUGCUCCUCUGUCCUCACCUCUGCGGGGCCUUUCUGGGGUGGGCUUUGGGGGCCACUCCAUGAUCUACCAUGACAGCCCCUGCUCUGACGGCUACAUUUACAUCCCUCUGGCAUUCCUUGUGAUGCUCUAUGUGCUGUACAUGGUGGAAUGUUGGCACUGUCAAGCCAGAAGUGAGCUGCAGCGUAAGGCAGACAUUGACAGCGUCUAUGAGCGUGUGCUAAAAAUGCGACAAGCCCAGCCCUGCAUUUGGUGGAAAGCCAUUAGUUACCACUUUGUCCGCCGGACCCGGCAGGUGACUAGAUAUCGAAGUGGAGACGCUUACAUCUCUACUCAGGUGUACCACGAAAGAGUGAACACCCAUCUGGCCGAGGGGGAGUUUGACUACAGCCGAUGUGGUGUGAAGGAUGUUUCUCGUGAACUCAAGGGUUUGGAGGCCCAUGCAGCCACAAGACUCAGAUUUACUAAGUGUUUCAGCUUUACUGAGACAGGCCCCGAAAAUGAUUAUUUAAACCAGAGAGCACAGUUCUUUUCUGAAGUGGAGGGUUUGGAUGACUAUAUGGAGGCCAGGGAGGGUAUGCAGCUGAAGAAUGUGGAGUUUAGAGAGAACAUAAUGGUCUAUGUGGACCCUGAUAAGAUGCCAUGGUACAGUUCACAGAUUGCAUUCUGGCUUGCAGCUUUCCUCAUGUUGUCUUGGCCACUUCGAGUACUCAGUGAAUAUCGCACUGCAUUUGUGCACUACAGAAUAGAAAAACUGUUUGGCUUGGAGUACAUCCCAGGUACACCCUCUAGCCAACAAAAUGACCAGCUAAUUGAAAAUCGUACUGGCUGUGUCAUUCCUAGAGUGGACACGUUAGAUAGCACAGAGAUGGAGGUGCACAUACGUUGUAAUAGACAAGUCAUUCCAAGCUAUUCUGAGGCCAUGCUAAUAAACACAAGCACCACUGAUUCCAUCUCUCUUCAGGACACAGACUACACCUCCUCCUCAGACUGCCUCCUGUUAGAUCGCAGUCAAACUCCGCUCAGUUACGGUGCAGUGCUCACGCCAGAUAUUUGCGAGCAAAGCAGCGGACCUACCCAACAAGAAGGGAGACAAAGAAGAAGUACCAUCACAAGCAGCUGUUCCUCUGUCUUGUCAUGUCGUGGGACACUGUACCUUUCACAUCCAUCCUCAGACACCUCACGCUUCUCUCUUUGCCGCAUGUAUGGCUCCCAGCGCACCUUGGGCUUUUGGAGGAGCCGCAGCAGCAGCCUCAGUGAACCCUGGUGUGAGCAGUCAUGCCAGCCAGGCACCAGUGUCAGCCCCCCCGCGUACAGAGACGCACAUUUCUUCCCUGUUCUGAUAGUGCAGCAUCCAGAGGGCAGAGGUGGUGAGAGUGGACAUGAGGGGAGGAGCUGUUGUUUACGUAGGGGCUCAUGUGUGGAGACAGCACUGUGACAAUUAUAAGAAAAAAAUCACACUGCACUGUAAACUGAAAAAUCAAUGCAUGCUAGUUUAAAUCAAAUACCCUUUUUCUCUAC